AUGCGUGUUCUGCUGCAGUGUACGGCGAACUGGUCUCCAAUUGUCUACCCUGCGGUGUUUCUACUGGUGUUCAGUUACGUUGACGACAUCUCGCUGUGGACGGCGGGCAUGGUGUGUCAGCGCUGGCAGCACCUGCUGUGCGGGGAGACGCGCUGGCACGAGUUUGUCAUGCUGAGAUGGCCGCUCUUCAACCCCAAGUACAAAGUGAAGAAGUGGAAAAUGAUCUACUCAAAACUACUGGAGAGCUCACCAUGUCGAUACUGUCUGGAAAAUAUGAGACUACAGAGUACCCCUCCAAUAGAGGAGAACUCCUGGCGACACAGGCGACUUCGAAGCGAGCUGAAGACGUUACGCUCCGACCCACCUGAGGGGAUUCGCGCCGAGCCCCUAGACAGACACUGCUGUCAUUGGCAGGCAUCAAUAACAGGGCCCAGGGGCAGCCCAUUUGAGCGGGGGGGGGGCCUGUUCAUACUGUAUCUGCAGAUUCAAGACAGCUACCCAAUGCGACCACCAAGAGUGCAAUUCAUCACAAAGAUAUUUCACCCAAACACCAGUCGUCAUGGAUACGUGGGUCUCGACUCCAUCCACUACAACUGGAGUCUGGCGUUGACAAUCUCUAAGGUGUUGAUAAGCAUUCAGUCACUGCUCACCGAUCCAUAUUGCGACGUGUGCAUGGAGCCAGUGAUUGGACGAUCGUACAGGAACAACAAGGAGGAAUUCGAUCGAAUUGCACGCCUGUGGACUUGGAAGCAUGCGAUGCACGACUUUGUCAUGCCAAUAAAUAUAGAUCUUAACGGAAUUUGAUUAUGAAAUUGGAAGAACAGAUAAUUUUAUAUGGAGUUAUAUGCCCCUAAAAAGAAUGAGGCAUCCCUGCAUUACCCUUGUCAAUCCGAAUGUAUUUUCCAAUGUGAGUGUUGUGUAGAUGAUAAUAAGGGAAAUAAUUUUUCCUGCACCAGGAAUUAUUACUUGGCAGAAUUAUGGCUUUAUGUCGGUUUGCUCACCAAAGAAUAUAGAAAAUAUAGUAAAUAAAAGUUUGUGUACUUUACCCCUCUUCUGGUCAGAUUUUUCUCAAACUUUCACAAAUGAUUGGCAUGACA